AAGAAAGAAUUAGAAUGGUUAUUAGAUACUCAGUUGCCAGAUGCGCUUUAUAAUUUAAAGAAGGCAUUAAAAGAGUUGCAAGUAAAAUUCACCAAUUAUAAUUGUGGAAAUUUGAUAAAGCUGACCGUUAAUCCCAAGAAGCCCUAUUUUAUUGAACAGUUAUUGGAUACAGUUCUUAAAAAUAUAUCUAAUGCCCAAUUUAUUCUUACUUGUGCAAAUGAAGAAAAAUUGUUUCCUUAUAAAAUUUGUGAUCCUCAGUUGUUCAGCUCCAAAUUGCCUGAAGACUUGGUGAUUCAGUUUCAUAUUGAAGGUUCAUGUAUAGUUGUUUCUGUUUAUGCGCUUCAAUAUCAUUCUUCAGCACCACAACAAAAGCAAGGAAAUGUUUUAGGAUCUUCUAAAAGUUCUUUGAAAGUUUGCCAGUACAAAGAUAAAUAUGCAUCAGUAUUGAAUGAAAUUGUAGUAAAAUCAUUAGAUCCAAAGUUAGAAAAG